GUAUCUUUUAUAUCUAUAUGUCUGAUGAUGGGACCUUUUCCUUCAAUUUUAUUAUUUUAUUCCAUCCUUCCUUUAUUUUACCAAGGAACCCAAUCUGCGAAUUCAACAUCUGAUGCGAUGUUUGUUUCUGAUGAAAUGCACACUGGGUCGCAUGAUACAACAACGUCGACUUCGAUGCAAAAUGGAACGACUGCAGAUUUAGAUUUAAACGGAACUCUAAGACAUGUGCAACCUUCCGAUUUUCAAAUAUCUGCUGUAAGGACGCCUGACAAUAAAUCUGAAAUGCAUGUAGGAAUGAAAAUGAAACUGAAGGUGUAUGUCUCCUUCCCUAAAGGCUAUUAUAAGGAGGUCAUACUGACGGUCAGUCAGGGUAUUCAUAACAUUGAUGUAGAAAGUCAGUCUUGUGUAUUAGGAAGGGCCAUACAGGGGGAGACUUCUGAAAAGACUUCAGUGAAUUAUGAAAAUACAGGAUUUCUGAGAACCCAUGAGAUGUCUUUCAUCAUAAAGUCAGCCAAUGUGUCGUUUUCUGAUAUCCAGAGUGAUUAUCAGCUGGUUUGUAACUACGACAUAUAUCUUCAUAACGCCGUUAACCUCACAGACAGACAGAAUAUCUCUAUACCCUGUUUGGUACAGGUUACAUCCCCGGCAUCCAUUGUUCAGAAUUUUGAGACUGCUGCAUUUUUCAUAGCAAGGACAUCGAUUCUGGAAAUGAAUAAAACUGCUUCUUUUGGUCCAGCAACUCCGUUCCGGAUUUACAUUGAACCGAAAGUGGUUAAAGAAUUCGUAUUCCGAGCUUGGAUUCCAUAUUACAAUCCACAAAUUAAAGUCAAGUUGGAAGGAGAUGAGAAAUUUCAGUCUGAUUAUGUUGCAUUGUUUUUAGAGGUUACAAAAGUUGGAAAGAACUUUUCUCCAGGUGCUGAUGGUAAGAAUGAUUCGGCCUGUAAAUCCAGAUGGUCUACUUCUCAGCAGCCUCUGAUUCACACAUUUCCAUCCCAAUGGAUCAAUAGAGGGUAUUAUGAAAAUAAGAAUACAACAGAUGAUGACCUUCUUGAGUUUGAGGUACUUGUAGCGAUGUCCGACACAGCCAAGAGAGGGUUAUAUAACUAUUAUACCUUGACAGCAACUAACUAUUAUACCUUGACAGCAACUAUUACACUCAAUGAUGCCCCAGUAUGGAAUACAUCUGUAGACCUUUUCGUACAAGACCCAUCUCUAAAUGUUUCUUCAAACGUGAGUAUCUCAGAUGUACUGCCGUGUGAAACAUUACCGAAGUCAAGAAACUCCAGUAUUGUGCUGAAGUUAGAAAUACCAGAUGGAAGAGCAGAUAAACUGGACCUCAUCCUUCUGACAAAGAAACUAACAGGUGAUAUGCAGUCGGCAGUGGUUAUUGAAAACGUUCGUUAUAUUAUCGAAACACCAUAUCCUGCCUGUUAUAAAUUUGACGUUAACUACUUUAAUAAUUCUUUGUCAAUUCAAAAUAAAGCGGACGUAACUUUAAGGUACGUUGAUCGUGUUGCAACUUCUAUUUCUUCUAAAGUAAAUCUCACCAUCAGCGCUGACUUGAGAAUUGUUCAAGAAAAAUUCACACUUGGCGAUAACCAUGAAGUGUCAGCUAUCUUCGGUAACACUACAACAGGAUUAUGCAAUAUUACUGUGAAAGACCCCGACAUUUACAACGAUAUAUACGGAAUAAUCUUGUCGAAAUUACAUUUGCUACUAGACAAGGAAAAUAGUUCUUGUUUUAACUUACCAAUUAAAGGAGACAACCCGCCAUUACUUUGGAUGAGAAUGCAAACACUAGUUCUCGGAAUUUCUCCUGCUCCAUUUAAUGUCACAGUUAGAGGAAAGGGUAUUUCUUGUCAGCGACAUGGACAAAAACUACUACAGGUAUGGUGCAAAUUUUAG